GUCCUUUGCCAAGGAUUCGUUGCAUAUGAAAUACGAGCUAGCCAAUAAACUAGAUGAAGAAGUUGAAAGUACCAGAAGUCUCAAAGUAGCUAGAAAAGCCAUCCGAGCAUUCUUAGACAUUCUUGAAAUGGGGGACGAAGUGACCACACCGCUAUUUAAAUUGGCAGCAGAAAAAUGCUUGAAGAAUUUGAGAUUCCUAGGAGAAAUCCAUGAAGCAGAGAACGUUCACAAAGCCUUGAUAAAAAGGUUUCCACAUGAUCCCCAACACAGGAACCAAUUGACAGUUGCGUACCUAAUUCAGAAUAAGUGGAAUCAGGCAAAGAGGACCUUGGAAGAAACGCUGAUCCAAUGGCCAAACGAUGGUCUUGCCCUGGUACAUUAUGGAUUCAUCUUGAAAAUUGAGUCGAAAGACUUGAUUAACGCAGUCGAGUAUCUGCAAGCUGGAAUUCAAACAGGGGACGAGGGAACCGCAGAUGGCAGGUUUUAUUUCCACCUAGGAGAUGCUCUGGUUAGGUUAGAGAGAUCAUCGGAAGCCGAAGAGGUGCACAAAGCAGGGGCGAGGAAAGGUCUUUUUUUGUCGAGUUAUCAACGAGCAGUGCACUACAUUUCGAGACUUACAGGUCGCCCUUGGUGGACCGCGGAGCAAACGACAUACGAAGACUUCUACCGGUCCUUGGAGGUUAACUGGCGAGUCAUUAAGGAGGAAGCAUUAAAUGCGUUGUUUAAGAGUGAACAAAGCUUUCAAAAUGAACGCGAGAAUUUAUUGCACAAGGGCGAGUGGAAGGAAUUCGAAAUAUUCAGCAGAGGGAACAAAAUACAGAGGAAUUGCGACCGAGUACCUAGAACCUGUGAUUUGAUAUCCAGCUUUGCUCCAACGUCCGAGUGUCAACGAGGGCAAGUUAAAUUUUCCGUAAUGACACCUGGCACUCACAUUUGGCCACAUUGCGGACCAUCCAACUGCAGGCUAAGAUCUCAUCUUGGACUUUAUGGGUUGGAUGGAGCCUAUAUUAGGGUAGCGAAUGAAACAAGACAGUGGCAAGAGGGAAAGGUAUUGAUCUUCGACGACAGCUUCGAGCACGAAGUCUGGCACAACGGCAGUCUUCCCAGACUUGUGCUAAUCGUAGACAUGUGGCAUCCAGAAGUACGAGCACACGAGAGGAAAACUCUGCCUGAAAUAUAAUUGUCGUCUUUCUCGUCAAUCCAGGCUAAAUUUUAUUUUACUAGUCGUAAAAAAUCCAUUAAACUGAAUUGUUAAAUGCGA